GAACUCAUUGCUACACCACAACUAAUUGAGGAGUAUUUUAGCGCAAUGAAAUGUGAAGAUUCGAACCAAUGCAAUGUGCACAUUUUCCAAACAGAAAUCUUUGGAUGCCAAAAGAUCAGCUGGGAGCGAGUCGAACUCAAACGCAAGGAGCCAAAAACUUUCGACUCGCGAAGGCUGCGAUUUACAAGGAAAGAAAUUCUGCAGACGGUGGUGGCAAAUUAGAGAUAAUGAGCGAUCGUGUUGACGAUACUGCUCAUGACUUUCGCCUGGCCUUAAUGUCGAGAAGAGCUCAUCACAGGGAAAGAUUGUUCCAACUGGUGUAUGGGGAGUGGAAGGAGGAAGUUGAAGAGGAGGACCGCGAAGAUGAAGAUGAUGGCCCUCUAUAGGAGCUUGCAUGGAAAAAAAAAUCAACAGCCAUGGAUGUAAUUGAAUAGCAUAUCUUUCAGUAAGAUAGAAAAAUGGCAAGGCUCUUUGCAACAAUAUACUUGAACUUCAGAAUGUCAUCAAUUGAUUCUCUUUUGGCGACGCUUCUUCAGAGUGAUCAAUUCUAGUCGCAUUCUUUCUCUAUCGUAUCUGCCAUCGCCAUCGCCAUUGGGUGUCAUUCUGACUUUGAACCUGACAUGUUCUGACACAAGGCAUUCAAUAUCCUCAACCAAAGGAAACAAAACGAUCGUCCGCGAACAGCCGAUUCUAGCCGCCAGAUUGACAACUGCCAGAUAAGAAAAGAGGAUAGAGAAUGAUACAGCAGAGGAUAGACACAGACACCAAGGAGGCAAGGGAAUGCGAUGUUGAAGCUCAUCGUCGCGCAUACUGAUGGGAGGGAUCAAGAAGAGUGAAAUAGAGAAGAAAGGUACCAGUGGUAAGCGUGGUGGAAUGAAGACGACGAUUGAUUUGGUCA